UUACGCAGAGCUGGUACUGUAGGUUCACGUCGCCAUGGCAAGCCGAAAAACUUCUCCCCCAAACCGGGAUAGUGGGGACAAAUACUCAAUACUAUUACCUACCUACAACGAGAGGGAGAACCUGCCUUUGAUAGUGUGGCUUUUGGUGAAAUAUUUCGGUGAAAGUGGAUAUAACUACGAGGUAAUUGUCAUUGACGACGGAAGCCCAGAUGGGACCUUGGACGUGGCAGAGCAGCUGCAGAAAAUAUAUGGAGAGGACAAGAUCCUUCUGCGGCCAAGAGCGAAAAAAUUAGGUCUUGGCACUGCCUACAUCCACGGCAUGAAGCAUGCUACGGGAAACUUCAUCAUCAUAAUGGACGCAGAUCUUUCCCAUCAUCCCAAAUUCAUCCCAGAAUUUAUUCAAAAGCAGAAGGAAGGUAAUUACGACCUGGUGUCUGGUACCCGAUACCAAGGGAACGGAGGCGUAUACGGCUGGGACCUGCGCAGGAAACUCAUCAGUCGGGGAGCCAACUUUUUGACUCAAGUGUUGUUGAGACCUGGUGCUUCAGACCUCACAGGCAGCUUCAGGUUGUAUAAGAAGGCAGUGUUGGAGAGUCUGGUUGAACGGUGCGUGUCCAAAGGUUACGUCUUUCAGAUGGAGAUGAUCGUCCGUGCCAGACAGCUCAACUACACAAUCGGAGAGGUACCCAUUUCCUUUGUGGAUAGAGUUUAUGGAGAAUCCAAACUCGGAGGGAACGAGAUUGUGUCAUUUGCGAAAGGACUGAUCACACUCUUUGCCACAACAUGAUCACUGAUGUAAUCCGUCUGGACGUCCUACAGUCAUACAGUGUUCCGUUGGCUCUUCAAGUUACUGUCUUUAAUACUGUAGUUGUAGCAGAAUUUAAUGGGGUAAAAAUUUCUGCUUGCCUAUGGUCAGACAGUGACAUGACAGCAAAUGACAAGGGAGACAUCUCUCUCCACUGUUAGCAGUAGGUAAAAAAUAAUUUCCUGUCACUUGUCGUCUGGAAUACUGAAGGAACACGGUGCUUUACAUUCCCAUCAUCCUCUUCAAUGAAUUUUAAACUAAGCACAUCGUGUCUCAUCAUUCCCAGUCCGGACAGCUGGUUGUCACAUAGGUUUAAGUACACAUUUAACUGCUACACCUGUGAUCGUUUGUAUAAAAUUAAACACUUUGUAUUGUU